ACUUCUUCCCCCUAAUCUCGCCAUAAAUACCCCCCCCACACACCCCUCAGCCCUUCACACCACCAUUUCUCUGUAUCUUACCCAACAACUCCAUUGCUCCCCAAAAAUGGCUAUCAAGAGAUCAAACAAGCUGCCUCAAGCAGCCAUGCUGAAGCAAAUUCUCAAGAGGUGCUCAAGCUUAGGGAAGAAGCAGCAAGACUAUGAUGAACAAGGCCUCCCUUUGGACGUCCCAAAGGGUCAUUUUGUUGUAUAUGUUGGAGAAAAUAGAAGCAGAUACAUUGUCCCAAUCUCUUACUUGACUCGUCCUGAGUUCCAAAUCCUUCUCCAGCAAGCCGAAGAAGAAUUUGGCUUCAGCCACGACAUGGGUCUCACAAUCCCUUGCGAAGAAGAAGUUUUUCUGUCUCUAACAUCCAUGCUCAGAUGAAGAUUAAUUAGGCACGCCUAGAUUUUGUUUGUUUCUCGAGAAAAUUGCUAAAAGAUGAAGCUGCUUCCAUUGCUUCUCUGUUCUAAUUUUCUCUAUAUAGUUUUUAUUUUUUAUUUUACUUAAAAGGGUUCUUAUUUUAGACUCUGACUCUUAAAAAAAAACCCAUGAAUAUUGUGUGAAUCUGGGUUUUUAGAUUUAUAUAUCUUCAAGAGUUUGAAAUUUUCCUCACAGUGGUGUAGAUUUGUACCAAUGUACCCUGUGGGAGAACUAAUAUUAAUUAAAGAUAUCUUUUUUUCUUUUUUCA